AUUCACUCUUCGCCGAAUUUUGCUUGAGAUUUGUUGAUUGUUUUAUUACAAAAAUGGUACUCAAUCUAACUUAACAGGAUACAAAAAUAUUGCCAUUCUCUUGAAUUUAAUAAAUUUGUUUUAAAAAUAAACGAAGUUCACCUUACAGAACUCCUAGCAAAGGGAUCAUGACUGUUACGAAGUCUUCAUCUCCAGACAAUGUGGAAAACACACAGACGAAAAAGGAAGCUGUUGGAAAUCCUGCUCAUAAGAGUGAAGCGAAAGCAAAAAAGAAAACCAAAGAGGUGAGUACAUCUAAAAGGAUUGAAAAGAAGAAAGAUGAUACUGGUGCAAAGAAGAAACAGAAGAAAAAGAGAGAUUCUUCAAGCAGCAGCAGUAGCAGUUCUAGCUCUCGAAGUCGAUCCAGUUCCUCUUCAAGCAGCAGCUCAGGAAGUUCCUCUCGAUCCUCUUCAAGAAGCAGUAGUAGAAGCUCUGGAUCAGAUAGUGGUUCGUCUUCAUCCUCUUCAUCUUCAUCAGGUUCAAAAAAGCAGAAAAAGACAAAGAAACGAGACUAUGAUCGCCAGAAAAGGGAAAGAUCUAGGUCUAAUAGAAGAAGUCCAGCCCCAAAACCAAAAAAGAUUCAUGUUGGUCGAUUAACUAGAAAUGUUAACAAAGAUCAUCUAUAUGAAAUAUUUAGUCUUUAUGGACCCAUAAGACAUGUUGAAUUGCCUUUAGAUCGCAUGCAUACACAUGUUUCAAGAGGUUUUGCUUACAUUGAGUAUGAAAAUCCAAAUGAUGCUGAAAAGGCUCUUGAACACAUGGAUGGAGGACAAAUUGAUGGCCAAGAAAUUACUGUGUCUUCAGUAUUGCUAGACAGACCAAGAAGAGAACCUAUGUGGUUUAAAUCGCCAGUAAAAAGACCAUCAUUUCCAGUUUGGAGAAGAAGACCUCCUUACAGACCACAAAUGGAUAGGCGACGUAGGCCUCCAUUUUCCCCACCUCGUCACCGAUCUCCAAGACGCAGGAGUAGGUCAAGGUCUAGAUCACCUUACAAGAACAGAUCUAGAUCACCAGCAAAGAGGAGACGUUCUCCACCUAAAAAGAGAGACCGCUCAUCUUCGGGCUCCUCACGAUAAUUUUUAUGUAGUAAACAUAUCGACUUAAUUGUAUUGUAUUCAAUGUUUUAUCUUCAAAUAAAGCUUCUCUCUGAAUUU